UACUGACCUAGUUAGAAAUUAAAAGACUUUAAUCCACAUUCUAAUCUCGUUUUGACCUGCAUAUCUAACCAGUGAAAAAUUCAUGCAGUUUCUGGCAAAUUUACUGAAAAGAAACAGAUGUGCUGAUCAGAACCACAACAUUUUAUACAAAUAAACAAGUGAGAAUAUUCCCAUAGGCUGAGCAUGCCACUUUUUGGCUGGAUGAAAUGGCCAAAAUACGAUGCCUACAAACCCGCACACUGUCCUGGCUCAGACGUAGUGACAAAGACUCUGCUUCGGGAAUUAAAGUGGCAUCUGAAGGAGCGAGAGAGACUAAUACAAGAGAUUGAAAAUGAACAAAAAGUAAAAAAAACAGGAGUGGAUUACAACUGGCUGAGAAACUACCAGAACCCCCACAUGACCAUCCCGGCUACUGAACAAAGACAACUUGAAGUCCUUUGCUCACAAGUUCAACCUUGUCAGACCGGAACUAUUCUCAGCAGAUUUCGAGAAGUUUUAGCAGAAAAUGAUGUACUGCCAUGGGAAAUAGUCUACAUCUUCAAGCAAGUUCUGAAAGACUUCCUAAACAGUACUGACAAAGGCAACCAGCAGGAAGGCCUGGAAGAGCCAAGGAACACAGACUGUCCUGUUCCUUCUGUGAUGCCAGGCUCAAGCUCCAAGAGUUCAGACAAAGACGAAAUACCCACUAUUUCCAGUUACGUGGACAAAACCACAAAGAACAGGUUCCCAGCAUUCUCACACAGAAUAUGGAACCUACCAUAUUAUUACCCAUCAAGUUAA